UAACAACCUAAAAUUGACGAUGCCAGCAAGCAGUUUCGUAAGUGCAGGAACACGUAGCCAAAGUUUUCACUCUUCCAAUUCGUCACAUUCUAAGCGGUCCAAAACACUAUCGUACCGCACAAUAAGUAGACAUUCCAAUGUGGAUGAAAAUUUAUUCGGAUUGCCUUUGCAUUUAAAAGAACGACAGUUUCGUUUAACAGAUCAGGGUGAUAGUUUUGCGAAAGACCCCGACAUCAUUAUUACAAAACAAAAAUUGUUUAGACCAGGUUUAUUACGGGAAGAGCAUGAAAUAGAAAAAGAAAACCAGCAGAGAAGAAAAAUAAGGCAUCUCACAUCUGAUUUGGUUCGUAAUCUUAUAAUACCUUCAGAUUAUAUUGACAAGAAAAGAAUAGUCAUACCACCAGAAAAAUAUAAAGAACUUCUACAAAAAGCCAAAUUGUUGACAGAUGAAGAGGAACGAUUUGCUUAUGAGCAAGAGAAAUCUGAACAAAAAUCAAUUCUGGAAGCAGUAGAGCAACGUAAACAGAAAAUGCGUGAAUAUGAUUUAAAUCGUGUGCGCAAUGAACGACUUACGGAUUUGGAAGAAGAAGCAAAGAAACAAGCAGAAAUUUUGUUGCAAAAAGCUUUGGAACAACGGCAAGAUCAGGAAGAUGAGAUAAAGGCAUUAAACGAAUGGAUAUUAAAUGCAAAAAUACAAGCAAUAAGAGACGAACAAAUUCUGGAAAAAAGCUUAAUUAAGAAGGAAAUGGCUGAAGAAGAACUACGUUUGGAUAAUAUGAUGGAGUUAGAAAGACAAAACGCUAUACACAUACAGGAAGAGAUAGAAAAAAGGCGUAAACACCAGGAAAUUCUUGGAGCUUGUAGAGUUUUAGAACAAAUCGAGGAGAACAAACAAGAUCGUUUAUUGGAAUUAGAAAGAACCGAACAAGAAAAUAUUUUAGCGACACAACGAAUAGCUGACGAGAAUAUGAAAGAAAUUGCUAACAGAGAGAAGAAAAGAAAAAUUCAAGAAAAAAUGAGAAUAGAGCUUAAUAUAGCUAAUGAGGAAUUACGAAAACGACGAGAAGUUGAAAAAGAAAAAGAUCGUCUAAUGGAUUUGAAAAUAAUGCAAAUUCAAAAUGAAAAAGCAGAACGUGAAGCUGCCUAUGAAGCCGAACAAUUACGUAUAAAACGUGAGAAAGAACUAGAAAUUACACGUUUACGUGCAUUACAAGAAAGAGCAUCGGAUGAGGCUGCAGAACGUGAUGCAUUAAGAGCUAAACGUGCAGCUGAAGCAAAUGAAAGAGAAUGGAGACGUAAAGAAUUAUUAGCUGCACAGAAAAAAAUUGAAACAGAAAAUGAAUUGAAAUUAGCUAGAGCAGCACAAGCUGAAGACAGAAAACGUCAGUUGGCAAUUGAAGCUGGUCGUGAAAGAGUUGAAUUUGAAAGAAUUUUGAAACGUCAGCAAGAACUUGUAGAAAAUGAUAAACGCGCUGAAUAUGAAGCUAAACAGAAGAGUUUUCAAAAUUUAAAAGAUCUUCGCCUUCAAAUAUAUGAAAAAGAAAAAGAACGCAUUGCAGAAAGAAAUGCUGUAUUCGAAGAAGGUCUGCGAUUAAAUGAAGAAGCAAGAUUAAGGCGUUUGCGUUUAAACGAAGCAAAAACACGUAAAUUAAAAGAGUUAAAAGAGGCUGGCAUACCAGAUAAAUAUCUUUCACAAGUUGAAAGGAAAGUUGCACAGUUCGGUAAUUUUCCAUCAAUGGAUUAAAUGAAAUAUAUAAACAAACGAAAACCAUUAACUAUUGAACUUUGAUUUUUAUUAUUUGAAUAAAAAAGAAGAUCGAAAAAUAGGAUAAUUAUUAUGAAAAUUGACGAACUAAAACAAACAAAGGAAAAUUUUAUGUCAAAAUUUGAUAUAAUUCUCAUUUAUUGAUUUAAAUUUUAUUCAGAAAACAAAUUACAUCAGAAACAUAUUCAAUUGGUAUUUCAAGAUUAAUUCAUUCAUGUUUUGUUUUCCUGCUGAAUGUUACGUCUAAUCAUCUUUUGAUUUCUAUGUGAUUACUUCAUCAGUUAUACAUACGUAUAUAUAUAUAUAUAUAUAUAU